CACAACAAUGUCAACAGCGGCAGAGGUCAAGCUUCUCACCCUCCUCAACGUCAGCGCAAUUAAGCGUCCACGUGAGCUCGAUCUCCCCGGCGGCUUCCGCUCCCCUGGGACGAGCCGACCACAGAGCCAGACCGGUUCACCUGCCCCUGCAGCCGAGCCGCAGCCUAAGCGGCGGCGGAGCGUCGUCUUUGGCGGCGAGGUCGGGCCGAGCGGCAGCUCGUACGGGAAGAAGACGAAGAAGGCAUCCAAGCUCGCCACGGACGCAGUCGCGAACGGGAAUGCCAACGGGGCCGCCGAGGCCGAGGACGCAGAAGGGCGGAUCGACGAGGGCGAUGAGGCGCAGGUGGAGGCCGAGGUCGACAGCGACGAGGAGGCUGAGGACAGCUACGUGACGCACUUUGGUGCUGAGCCUGAGCUGCUGUAUAGCGAGAAGAGCGUGUACGAGGCCGCGAGUGAGGGACGAUGGGAGACGUCACGCGGCAGCGUGAGCGGGUUGGGGAGGGUAGUGGAGCAGUGGCCGGCAGGCGGGUCGCGUGCCGACGGCAAGGCGAGGCUCGUACCAUCUAUCGCGGCGGCAAUGAAGGGCGCACCCGCGCUGGCAUCCACGCUCCUCUCCCACCUGGGGACGUACUCGGACGUAUACGCGCACAGCAUGGACGGCGAGGCGGACGGAAGCGAGAGCGGGCCCUUUGCGGCCGGGACGCACGAGGCGCUGCGCGCGGCGGCCGGGGCACACGCGAUGAACCACGUGCUCAAGAACCGCCGGCGCAUCGUGCGCGGCAACGAGCGGCUGGCGCACGCCGCCGCCGAGGGCAAGGACAUUGAGCCGCCGCGCGACCAGUCUUUCACGCGUCCCAAGGUGCUCCUCCUGCUGCCUACGCGCGCGGCCGCGCACCACUGGCUGACAAAGUACAUCUUCCCUUUGGCUGGCGCGGGCACGCAGAUCGAGAACCGGCGCCCGUUCAGCGAGAGUUUCACGCUGCCGGAGGGUGUGGAGGAUGCGCUCGCCGGCGGCGACUGGCCGGCGGACCACGUCGAGAACCUCGGCGGUAACACGGACGACAACUUCCGCUUCGCGCUCAAGAUUACGCGCAAGGCGUGGCGCGUAGUCAUGCCGCCCGCGAACGAGGCCAAGCUCCUCGACGCCGACGUCGUCAUCGCGUCCCCGCUCGCCAUCAAGAUGGCUGCCGAGCGCGAGCGAAGCACAGACUACCUCUCCUCGAUCGAGGUGUGCAUCGUCGACGGCGCAGACGUCAUGGCCAUGCAGAACUGGGACCAUGUCGGGUACGUGUUCAAGCGGUUGAGCGAGGUCGCCGAGAAGCCGAACAGCACAGACUUCUCCCGCCUCAAGACGUGGUACGUUGAGGGCAAGGCCAAGUAUCUCCGCCAGACGCUGCUGCUGUCGCGCUACGACAUGCCGGAGGCGCGUGGGAUAUUCCACCACGCAUGCCACAACGUCGCGGGCAAGGUGCGCGUCGACGCCGCAGCGGGAUUGAAGGGCGUGUUGGAUCGCGUGCGCCCGGGCGUGCGGCAGGUGUUUGAGCGCAUCGACGCGGAGGAAAAGGCGCUCGGUGCGGAGGCCGGCGUCGAGGAGGUCGACAAACGGCUCGAGUGGUUUACGAAGAAGACCAUCCCCACCCUCCUCCGCGCCGCCGGCAGCCGUACGCAGACGCUCGUCGUCGUCCCAUCCUAUUUCGAUUUUGUGCGCGUCACAAACCACCUGCGCAAGAGCGGAGCAGUGACCUACGCCGCGUUGAGUGAGUACUCGUCCAACGCCGAGAUCUCGCGCGCGCGCACCCAGUUCUUCAAGGGCAAGCGCGCAUUCUUGAUCGUGACGGAGCGCUUCCAUUUCUACCGCCGGUACCGGCUGCGUGGGGCGCGCACGCUGGUCUUCUACUCGCUGCCGGAGCACGCGGCGUUCUACGCCGAGUUCCUCGCCAUGCCGUUUGUGGCGGCACGUGGCGCAGCCUCCGACGUCGACGAGGACGUCGACCCCGCCGACGUGCGCGCCCACGUCCUCUUCAGUCGCUUCGAAGUGCUGCGGCUCGAGCGCGUCGUGGGGCAUGCGCAUGCGCGCAACAUGCUGGGCAGCGGCGGGGCGCGGUUCGAGUUCAUGUAGGGGGCUGUUACAGCUAGAUGGUUGCUUGCAUAUGCAUAUAUGUAGUCAGG